AUGGUCACGUCGCACACAGAAACGGCCGUCACAGGCUAUGCGGACCAUUUGCCUACCCUUCUGAUCAGAUUGCCGCUCAAGUAUGGCACGUUGAGUAAAAACAACAAUAUCAAUAAUAACAAUGAAAAGUUUCAUUUGAAUCUUGCCAACAGCGGCCAGAUCAUUGCCUUGGACUCCAUCCCAGGCUCCUUUAUUGACGCGGUUUCAUGGUCCAUUCUCAAUGACUUUAGAACCAUCAAGUUCACCCCAUUGAUCACUCAAGCUAAUAGUUUGGAUUUAUCGUUCCAACAACUUGAAGUAAACCUCCCACAUCCAGUGUCCUCAGCCAACUGCUUAUCGGUUUAUCUUCAACGUGGCGUGACCGAAGAAGACGACUCAUUCCUUCUUCUUGAUGUCAUCGACGAGAACUACCUUUUUACUUCUUUAAAGAUUCUGUUGAAUGACUUUGUUGUAAUUGAAAAUAAAUCUUCUCCUAAACCUUUCCAAUUGGAUAAAUUCAACCAAUGGGGUCAUAUCUCGGUUCCAUAUUCCUUUGAGUUACGCUCUCCUCCUUAUUCCCUUAAGGCUGUGUCGGAACACAGUUUGAUUGUUUCUUUGAAAGAUGGAGGAUUACUUCAUUUCCAUCGGAAUUCUCCUUUGAAUGAUUAUGAUGUUCACAAUUUCAAUGAGUCUUCAAGUAUGAAUUUGUUACCAUUUUCCUUCAUCAGUGGAAUUUGGAAGGGGAAGAAAGAUAACAAUUCAGAUAAUGAAGCUUCCUCUGCAUCCAUUGUAGUUGGUGGAGUUUCUGCAAAUUCAGUGGUUGACGUAAUUCCAGUCUCUGCCGAUACAAUUGUCACAAUCUGUGUCAACAAAGUGUUGAAGAUAUGGAGUUUAAACACCCACCAACAAGUGCAACAAGCAAUUGAUUUAAAAGAAAAUCCAAGAGAUACUUCAUAUUGGCUUUCAACUUCAGCUACCGUCACAAGACAUCUUCAAAUCGUAAAAAACAAAUAUACAGACAAGACUUAUUUAACUUGUUACUAUACAACGAAGCCGCAGGAUAUCAAUGGUAGUACCUUUGCUUUGAAAAUAUGGGAAAUAGUUGACCAAGGUGAGAGGGGUAUUGACCUUUUUCCCUUAGAUUCAUUAUCUUUCAACCCUACUUUCCCACAGGCAAGCUCUAAAUCUACAACUGUCUUGCCUGCUUGGUUAGUGCAAGAUUUCCAAGCUAGAAUCACACAUCAAAACACCAUAGAAUACCAUAUAUUAUGGAAGACAAACACAUCUUCUUUAGUAUCCGUAUACACCCUUGAUCUUUCUCUCGGCAAUAUUACUAAUGUGAGUUGGUCUUCAUCACCAUUUUUAUCAGCCGUAUCCACCACCAAUUCGACUUCUACUCCAUCAUCAUCUUCUAAUGUUUUGCUGACUUUUUCGGCGUAUCAUUCUGCUAAUUACUAUAGUGAUAAAAUUCUUAAUUCUGGAAUAUAUGAUGAUCUCACAGUUAGAACUUCAUUGGCUAUUUUCAGGGAACAUGUUGGUCUUGGAGAUAGAAUUCCUCCUGCAUCGCUCCGCCAAAGUAUCUUAGAAGCAGUGAAGGUACCAGAACAUGAAAAUGAUACUAGACUAGGAUGGUACAAGUUGGAUUCAUUAUGUGAGGAAUUCAAAAAACUCAGUGAGGAAUGCUUAGCAAUUUGUCUUGGUGAAACCAACACUCUGAAUGGAUUCAUCUUAAACUCUAAUAGCGUUAGUAUUUUGAGACCUUCUCAUACUUAUGAACAAUUUUUCCUAUCCACACCUGAAGUUCUUCUUGCUUCCGUUUUAAAAAGAUUGUCAAUAAUAGUACUGACCAAGACUUAUAUUAAGGUAUAUGAACAACUUGUUUCAACACAAUCACUCUCUGAAUCUGGAGUGACGGAUAUUUAUAAUUCCUUGCUUAAAUCCAAAAUCCCAAAAGAGGAGAGUGAUGCCAUUAUCAAUGAACUUGUUAAUACUCCAGGUAUGCUUGACGCUAUCAAUGGAUUAGUUAACGGCGAUAGUACUUUUAAAUCCUCAAAUGAUAUUUCUGAUAUAACCACAAGCACAUCAAUUGGAAGUUUAACAAAAUUAGCAGCCGUUGCCUCUUUUAAACAAAUUAAAACUUGUCAUGAAUCUAUUCUUCUUGGUCUUGCAAUUUUACUUUUGAUUAUGGAAGUAAAUGAUCCACUUUUGGAAAUCAUCAACUUAAUUUCUUCAAGACUUUCUACUUAUAAACUUUUGAAUGCUAUUUUUGACACAAGUUUUGAAUCUAGUCAUAAAAAUGUGAAGGUUGAACGUCAUAAAUUGAGUAAUAUAGAAAAUUCAUUGUUUUGGACCGGAAUUGUUCUGAAAAGCAGUACACUUCAUAAAAGUAUUAUGAAUGGAGAAUUCAUUGAAGCUUACAAUAUUUUAUUUGAUAAGAUUGUCAAUGAUUACGAAAAUAUGACUAUAGAUGUUAUCAUUCAACUUAUCAACCAUGAUGAAGGUGAAUUGAUCAAACUGAAUUUUGUUGAUAAACUUAACUCUACAAACACAGUAGAUAGAUUUUUAAUUGGAUUUGUUCAUUUGAUUAGCAAUGAUCCAACUAAGUUUUAUGAAGUAUUUCAACUGGAAAUGGACCUUUCUAAUACAAAGGUUAAACUAGAAUUGCAAGAUAAGAUUUUACAAUCAUUAACAGCUAAUUCAAAUAUUAAAACAUUUUUGAAUUCAUUAUUUGAUCAUAAUAUGGAAGAUCCAUUAUUGGAAAAGGCUAAUUAUUAUCAUUCACUUUCAAUCUUGGCCUCAUCUCAAGUUACUACAGCACAGAGACAAUACACACAGAAGUUUAUAACGCCAAUUGCAACUACAUUCCUUGCAAGCUCCCCAACUUCUGCGGUAAUUGAAUCCGACUUCACCAAGGGCGCAUUAAAGUUUGAACAGACUGCAAUUCUUUCUCUUCAGGAAUUACCAACCAGUGACGAAGUCGAAGGGAAAAUUGUGGAAUAUUACCUUAAUGUAUUUGACAUGGCUCUUAACUUGGGAGAUUAUGAUCUUGUAUAUCAGGCUUUAUCUUAUCUUGCAAGUGUUAAAAAUCCAAAUGAUAAAUUUGAGUUGAAAGAUUUGUUUACUAAAUUCAUCAAUAAUUUGAUCACCAAUAGAUCCAUAUCUAUUAUUUUCCCAUCAACUACUGGUUCAUCCCACCCAAGGAAAUUAUUCUAUGAGUUUUAUUUGUUAAUUGAUUCUAUUUUGCUCGGAUUAGCCAAUAAUGAACUUACAUUAUCGAAUUCAUUAAAAUAUUAUGAAUAUCUUUACUCGUGGAGAUUAUUUGGUGGAUCUCUGGAUUACUCUUCUAUAAAUUUGGCUGACAAGAGAGGCGCUACUGAAGCUUUGUAUAUUUUUAUUACAAGAUUCCGUUACGAACAAAACUUAUUGACUAACAAUGAGAGUAUGGAAGUUGAUGAAGAUGUGAAACAAUAUAAAUUGAAGAUUUUAGAACUAUAUAUGAUAAUUUUGAACUGUUUGAAGAGCUUUGAAAAUGAAGAAGAUCAAUGGCUUAUAAAAUCUCAAAAUUUGGAAACCUUAUGUGUUAUAACAUUAUCAGAAUUGAAGGAGGAAUACUCUGCUUGGUUGAAGGAACUUGAAACAGACAUGAAAUUGGAAUACAUCUAA